AUGUACAGGAGAAGUGCUAAAGUGAUGUGUGAAGCUCACCUGACACAACUCCACCAAGCAUUUACUGGACCACAGGAUACGGUUCCUGCAGAUACAACUGUGGGGGAUCUUCGUAUGGAUGUUCCUGUGAUUACAACUGUCGUUACUAUGGCCACUGUUGUCCUGACUUCUGUGACUACUGUUCUUACAUGGAUAAUGGAUACUGUGGUGGUUACACAUCGGCAGUAUUUACGACUGACGCAAUGGAGACAACAGGCUACAGUUCCUGCAGAUACAACUGUGGGGGAUCUUCAUCUGGUUGUUCCUGUGAUUACAACUGUCAUUACUAUGGCACCUGUUGCUCUGAUUUCUGUUACUACUGUGCCUACAUUAAUUACGGAUACUGUUAUGACACAAGUGGACCAGACACAACUCCACCAAGCAUUUACUGGACCACAGGAUACGGUUCCUGCAGAUACAACUGUGGGGGAUCUUCGUAUGGAUGUUCCUGUGAUUACAACUGUCGUUACUAUGGCCACUGUUGUCCUGACUUCUGUGACUACUGUUCUUACAUGGAUAAUGGAUACUGUGGUGGUUACACAUCGGCAGUAUUUACGACUGACGCAAUGGAGACAACAGGCUACAGUUCCUGCAGAUACAACUGUGGGGGAUCUUCAUCUGGUUGUUCCUGUGAUUACAACUGUCAUUACUAUGGCACCUGUUGCUCUGAUUUCUGUUACUACUGUGCCUACAUUAAUUACGGAUACUGUUAUGACACAAGUGGACCAGACACAACUCCACCAAGCAUUUACUGGACCACAGGAUACGGUUCCUGCAGAUACAACUGUGGGGGAUCUUCGUAUGGAUGUUCCUGUGAUUACAACUGUCGUUACUAUGGCCACUGUUGUCCUGACUUCUGUGACUACUGUUCUUACAUGGAUAAUGGAUACUGUGGUGGUUACACAUCGGCAGUAUUUACGACUGACGCAAUGGAGACAACAGGCUACAGUUCCUGCAGAUACAACUGUGGGGGAUCUUCAUCUGGUUGUUCCUGUGAUUACAACUGUCAUUACUAUGGCACCUGUUGCUCUGAUUUCUGUUACUACUGUGCCUACAUUAAUUACGGAUACUGUUAUGACACAAGUGGACCAGGUCAGUAAUUUUUAA